AUGGAUAGAGGUAUACCCGUUGCAUCCAAGUACCUCCAAAAGAUCUGGGUCGAGAGGGAUAAGCAAGCGCACGAGAAGAAGAAGGCGUCCAUGAAGGCGGCUGUGGACAACAAGACACCGCCGAGACAGCCGCAUCUUGAGUGUCGUUCUAAGAAGCUCUACGAAGCAAACGAACGUCUUGAACAGAUAAACCGCGAAAAUCAUAUUCUUUUGAGACGAAUUGACUAUCAUAACGAACUACGCCACCCGGCGCGCAUCGACUGCCAUCUGAAGCAGCAAGGUCCGAAGUCCCUCAAUAUUCUCAUGCGCGAGAAGAGGGUGCGCGAAAUAGAAGCAGAGAACCAAAGGAUCCACCGCCAGAUCUCUAGCGUCAAGCCCACUCAUUCUGUUCAGAAGCUCGAGGCCGACUACAUUCGUUCCAGAAAGGAUCUUGAGCAUCUGUCCGAAUACCCUCCUGCGUCCGCCGGGAUGUCUAGCUACAACUAUGACCGGUCGUCUCGCAAUUCAUCUUUGCCUUCUGUCAGGGCCCACCGACAAAGGUACACCCCCAAGGAGGACUCCUACAGAACCGAGGACUUUUUGAAUCGUACUUCUAAUAAUGACUACACUGCACCGACCGAUGAUGACGACACCUUUGAUACUGAGUGCUUUAAGGAACAGGUAGAAGCACCCCAGCCGCCGCCAGUCUCGAAGCCACAGGAAGCUGAGUACAAGGAAGACUACGAUGAUUACAACGAUGACGAUUUUGCACAGGAUAUCAUAAAUAACCAGCGUGAAGUUCGAGGCAACACCUUCUUGACGGAUGACAUUGCCGGAAACGAUAAUAACGACAUCUUCUGA